AUGGGAGCCACUCCCUUCACUGAAAGAAUCCUGAAAGCAAAACUCCCUAAAGGCUUCGAAAAACCUACGGAUAUGAAGUAUGACGGAACCAAGGACCCCCAGGAGCACCUAACGGCCUUCAAGGCCAGGAUGGACCUAGAAGGGGCCGCUGACGCGGUCCGAGGUAGGGCCUUCCCGCACGGCAGCACACGACACGGCAGCACGGCACCUCGACAUAACCCCCCACCAAGAGAAAACCAUAAAGAACAUCCCAAACCAGCAAACGUAAACCAAACCCCCAGAAUCGGAAAAUUCUCUAACUACACACCUCUGACGGCCCCGAUCACCGAGAUAUACCACCAAAUAGCCGAUCGAGGUAUUCUCCCGAGGGCUCAACAACUCAAGGAAAGAACGGGCGGCAACAAGACCUUGUACUGCGACUACCACCGAGGAUGCGGACACAGGACACAAGAUUGUUUCGACCUAAAAGACGCCCUCGAGCAAGCCAUACGAGACGGCAAACUCCCCGAGUUUUCCAAAAUCAUCAGGGAACCAAGACGUGCGGAAAAAGAAAGAUCACCAGAAAAAGAAGCACGUAACCCAAGGACACAGAGACAAGCCUCUAGGGAAAGCCCUGAAACAGAUCCGACCAUUAUCGUGAACGUCAUCACAGGGAAAAACACCCCAGGGAAAUCAAAAUCAGCACUGAAGAAGGAUCUCAAGAUCCUGGCAGUCAGAGACCAAACCCCAAUCGCCACCACCAAUAGAGCGAUAACAUUCUCCUCCGAGGAUUGCCAGCACGGCACCUCGGCAGAAGACGCCCCCUUCGUCAUCUCGGCAAAGAUUGGAACUGGGCUAGUAAGAAGAAUACUGAUGGAUACAGGAGCAGAUUCUAACAUCCUCUUCAGAGGAGCCUUCGACAAACUCGGACUCUGCAACGACAACCUACAGACACACCGCAACGGAGUCACGGGACUCGGAGACAACUUCCUCAAACCAGACGGUUCCAUCGUCCUUCCCCUCAUGAUAGGAACGGGAAACCAAAGGAAGACAAUCCUAUCCGAGUUUGUGGUCCUCAAAGACUCCACCGCCUACAACGUCAUCCUCAGAAGAAAAACAAUUAACGACCUCUCCGCCGUCAUCUUCACCAAAUACCUUCUCCUGAAGUUCACAGCAGAGGAUGGCUCCAUCGGAACUAUUCACGGAGACCGGGAGAUCGCAGUAGAAUGCGACAACACCAGGUUAGCCCUGCGAAAGAAAUCUCGCAAUGCGGCCGGCAUAUUCUUAGCCGACCUGGACGCCCGACAAGACGGGCAACCUAGGCCGGAACUAGAAGGGGACAUGGAGAAAAUUGAAAAUAGGGCAAACCAAAGAAGAAUAUACUUUCAGCAACAAGAACUUCCCAUACGACCUUAA